UUCAAUACCCACAAAGCAUUGCGACUCAAUUGACAACACCGGGACUCGAGUUGAGAGGUCGCUCCAAAAAACCGUGCCUCUCAUGGCUGCACGGCUGUUGAAGGUGUCUACUGUCGCCACUGCAGUGUUCGCCUCAUCUGGAUUUAUCCUGUACAACAAGCAUGUGGACCCAAAUGACAUCAGUGUUAUUCGGUUCGGCAGAGCAGCAGCAACGACAGCGGUCAUCAGCUAUGAUUAUAUCACAGCUUUCCGGAAUGUGCCAUUUGGAACAGAAGAAUACUGGGAGCUCAAGUCUAAGGUGCACCUGCGCUCAGCGGAGAGGCUGCGGGACCUGUGCUGCGCCAACAGGGGCACCUUCAUCAAGGUGGGGCAGCACCUGGGCGCCCUGGACUACCUGCUGCCCCAGGAGUACACCAGCACGCUGAAGGUGCUGCACAGCCGAGCCCCCCAGAGCACCUUGGACGAGAUCCAGCAGGUCAUCCGCGAGGACCUGGGGAAAGAGAUCCACGAGGUGUUCAGCAGCUUCGAUGAGCAGCCGCAGGGCGCGGCCUCACUCGCUCAGGUGCACAAGGCCGUUCUGCAGGACGGCAGAACGGUGGCGGUCAAGGUGCAGCACCCCAAAGUCCAGACGCAGAGCUCCAAGGACAUCAUCGUCAUGGAGUUCCUGGUGCACGUGGUCCACUGGCUGUUCCCGGACUUCGCCUUCAUGUGGCUGGUGGAGGAGGCCAAGAAGAACAUGCCCCUGGAGCUGGACUUCCUCAACGAGGGCCGCAACGCAGAGAAGGUGGCCAACAUGCUCAAGCACUUUGACUUCCUCAAGGUUCCAAAAAUUCACUGGGAUCUUUCGACUAAGCGUAUCCUGACGAUGGACUUUGCCGAGGGAGGCCAGGUGAACGAUAGAGACUACAUGAGGCGAAAUGGCAUCGAUGUCAAUGAGAUCUCACAGAACCUGGGGAAGAUGUACAGUGAGAUGAUAUUUGUGAACGGCUUUGUUCACUGUGACCCGCACCCUGGCAACGUCCUGGUGCGGAGGAGCCCGAGCGGCAGCAAGACGGAAAUUGUGUUACUCGAUCACGGCCUGUAUCAGGUGCUGAAGGAGGACUUCCGUCUGGACUACUGCCGCCUGUGGCAGGCCCUGAUGAAGGCGGACAUUAAGGGGAUCGAGAGGUACAGCCGGCGCCUGGGUGCCGGAGACCUGUUCCCGCUCUUUGCCUGCGUGCUCACCGCCCGCUCCUGGAAGUCCGUCAACGAGGGCAUUAGCCAGACGCCGGUCACCAACUCGGAGGACGUGGAGAUCCGCACCAACGCCGCCCUGUACCUACCUCAGAUCAGCGAGCUGCUCAACCGUGUCCCCCGCCAGAUGCUGCUCCUACUCAAGACCAACGACCUGCUGCGCGGCAUCGAGACCAUCCUGCAGACGCGCGCUAGCUCCAGCUCCUUCAUCAACAUGUCCCGCUGCUGCACGCGCGCCAUGGCCAGGCACAGGAGGAGUAAGACGUGCUCGCGGAGCAAGCGUUUGCAGAUUUCGUUGUCCGAGGCGAUCACGUUGUGGCAGAUCAGCCUGUAUGAGAUGUUCCUGUGGAUCAAGAGCUCCACGCUGGGCUGCUGGCUCUCAGCGCUCAUCAAUGUCCUGCCCGGCACAAGCUGAAGAGGCACAUUCUCUCUCUCUCUCUCCCUCUCUCUGAUUCUGCCUCCCUUUUUCUCUCUAUCCUCCUCUUAGUCUCUCUCUCUCUCUCCCCCUCUCUGAUUCUGCCUCCCUUUUUCUCUCUAUCCUCCUCCUAGUCUCUCUCUCUCUCUCUCUCUCUCUUUCUCUCUCUCUCUGGCUGUAUCCCACUCUACCUUUCCCUUUCCCACCUACUUGUUGGUCUUCAUCUCUUUCGUUUGAUCUAUAUCUUGCUCUCUUUCUCUCUCCCUCUUUCUCUCUCUCCCUCUGUCAGUGUUGCGUUUUCACUUUCUGUCUGUUCCUCUUAUUUCUCAGUCAGUUCUUUCUCUGUCCAUUUAUAAUCUCUCUCUCUCCCUCGCUCCCUCUCUCUCCAUCUCUGUCUGUCACCCUCAUUCUCUCUUUCUGUCUCACUCUCUCCCUCUCACUGUCAAUCUGCUCGUCUGUCUUUCUGCCCCCCCAUCCUCCUCUCUCUCUCUCUCUCUCUCUCUCUCUCUCUCUCUCUCUCUCUCUCAGCCUAUCUGCCAUGGCUAGAGCACUGGACACGCUGAAGGACGCAGCAGUGAGCUUCCGGUGUGGAACAUUUUAGCCAAAGUGAAGAGAAACCACUGUAAGGGGGUGCAUGGGUCAUCUCCCAGCAUGCAACGGGAGAACGGAGGACAUCCACUCUGCGCCCAUCUCCCACCAUGCAACUGGAGAGCGGAGGACAUCCACCCUGCAGUCCUCUAUGCCAUAAUGAUACUUACGCACAAGACAAGUUGUCCGUGUUGUCAUUCAUAAAGCUGGAUUUGUAGAUGUGAACAGCAACUUCAUUUAGUUUCCUGGUUCAUCUCUUCAGUCCCAGUGUCCAGUGCCAUGUGUGAUGAUGAUGCGGGGUAUUAUAUUCCUCCAGCAGUUUACUUUUGUACCAUAUUAGCACUAGAGUGGUGGCAGGUCAGCUGCUUUGUCAUAGUACUGUACGCUGAGAUGCUUGGUGCAAUAUGGCCAGAGUUGGUGUAGUCCUGUUCCUUAUGGACACGGAAGCAGAGACCCCCAUCUGUUAGUAGAUGUUUGUUUGUUCUGUUUUGUUUGUUCUGCAUUUAUGUUUGUUUGUUUGUUUCAACAGUCAACCUCUUUGUGACCUCAUAGGACACAACUCAAGACAGCUUGUUUCCCUGAACAUUCCUGCAUUACUUCUCAAUUUCAAUUUCUCUCUCUCUCUUUCUUUCCCUCAUCCCCUCUCUCUCUCUCUCUUUCUUUCUUUGCCUCAUUCCCUCUCUCUCUCUUUCUUUCUCUCAUUCCCUCUCUCUCUCUGUUUCCUCUCUGGCCACACCUUCCUGAUGACCUGUGAAUGAUAGAUGACAUUUUAGCAGCCUUUAUUUUACCAGGGUAAAAGGUCAUGAACUUGAAAGUAUUUUUUUCAAACAUGUAUUGUUUAUCCUGUGCUGUACUCUAAGUUUUAUUCUCCUGUAGGUUUGGUUAUAUGUAUUUAUGAGUGUAGCCCCUCCAGCUUUCUGUGGGAUAUGUGGGGAGGACGCAACGCUGUAUUUUACUGAUCAACUGUCUGUGGGAUAUGUGGGGAGGACGCAACGCUGUAUUUUACUCAUAAUGAGUCUCCAGACACAUGGAAAUAAAUGAGAGAUUUUCAUUAUCAUUA